AUGCAUUUCCCUCUCCCUCCUUGGAUUGUUUACCCUUUUAAUAAGACCCUCCUAACUCUUUCAGGGAAACUCAAGUCUUCAGGAAUCCCACAAGAAAAAGGCUUAAUUCCAAGUUUAAAAUUAAUUCCAGAAGCUACCCCCAAUUGCCAUAAAGGAAAGUGAGGUUUUAGUUGAAGCAUUCAUUUCUUUUGUUUCCUCUCAGAGCUUCCUCUUUCUCCCACACAGCCAUUAGAAACCAACCAAGAGGCCUCUAAAGAGUUCUUUUCAUUUAAGUUCUUAAUUCACCCUCCUCCCCUCCUUCAAUAUCUUAGCUCAGCUUUAGUCUUAAAUUAAAGCUGAUAUUUCUUUUCUUCUCUACUGUUAAACUAUAUUUAUUUCCACUUCCUUCCUCCCAUCUCUCUCUCUCUCUCUCUCUGGAAAGAGAUAUCUCUUUGCUUAUUUAGUUUUAGAUUUUUUGCCUCUCCUUCUCCCCCUUACUUUCUGUGUUUCUUUCCCGUGAUACCCAUAGACCAAGUAAAACUCUCUCUCUCUCUCUCUCUCUCUCUCUCUCUCUCUCUCUCUCUCUCUCUCUCUCUCUCUCUCUCUCUAGCAAUGGAAAGGAUAUCUUCGUGAGGGGAGUGGGGAGACUGAGGCUUGUGGGGUAUUAAUGGGUAAUUGCUGGUGUAGACGGAGCCUGUCCAUUUACAAUGAAAAGGCAGAAUCUCCAAAAAUCCAGAGUCCAGUGAAGGAGGAAGAGAAGGAGGGCAGCAAAUUGCCCUCAACUCCUAAGGAAGUCGAGGACUUCCGUCGAGACACUGCUGCCAACCCGCUGAGAUCGUUUACUUUUGAUGAACUUAAGAUCAUCACAGGGAAUUUCAGGCAGGACUCUGUUUUGGGUGGAGGGGGAUUUGGAAGUGUUUAUAAGGGAUUUAUAACUGAAGAUCUUAGGGAGGGGCUUCAACCUUUUCAAGUAGCUGUGAAGGUCCAUGAUGGUGAUAAUAGUUUCCAGGGUCACAGAGAAUGGCUGGCUGAAGUUAUAUUCCUUGGACAACUUUCUCAUCCCAAUUUGGUGAAAUUGAUCGGAUACUGCUGUGAAGAUGAGCACCGCAUGCUAAUAUAUGAGUUCAUGUCUCGGGGCAGCGUGGAAGCCAACCUCUUUUCAAGAGUGUUGCUUCCCCUUCCUUGGUCUAUCAGAAUGAAAAUUGCAUUUGGUGCUGCAAAAGGGCUUGCUUUUCUGCAUGAAGCUGAAAAACCGGUUAUAUAUCGUGAUUUUAAAACAUCUAAUAUAUUGCUAGACCAGGAGUACAAUGCCAAGCUUUCUGAUUUUGGGCUUGCAAAAGAUGGACCAGUUGGCGAUAAAUCCCAUGUUUCUACUCGAAUUAUGGGUACUUAUGGUUAUGCAGCCCCGGAGUAUAUUAUGACAGGCCAUUUGACUGCCAUGAGUGAUGUUUACAGCUUUGGUGUAGUCCUCCUUGAGCUCCUCACUGGGAGGAAAUCUCUUGACAAGUCCCGCCCAGUCCGAGAGCAGACCCUUGCCGACUGGGCUUACCCCCUUCUCACCCAGAAGAGGAAAGUCAUCAACAUUGUAGACCCCAGGUUGAAUGGAGACUACCCUGUCAAAGCUGUGCAUAAGACAGCCAGCCUGGCCUACCACUGUCUGAACCGUAACCCGAAGGCAAGGCCUCUAAUGAGAGACAUUGUCGACACCUUAGAACCUCUUCAACUACCCAUGGAGAUCCCAAACACUGGUAGCAGUUGAUAUCCACUGUGGAUUUGAUUAGGACUAAAGUAUGUUAUAUGAUUGAAGUUGCUUGUGCUUCAGGGGGAUCUUUUCUUAAUGUUUUGACUCCAAAGACGGGUUUUGCUGAGUAUAGUCUGGCACUAUAAUCUGUGGUUUGUGUCUUUGGGUUGGGUUUGAAUUAUUUUACUUGGAUUUGUAAGGUAGUUAUGUAGAAAUAUUGAACAAAGUUGACAAUUAUAUAUGUGAGCAAUUAAUUUGGUGGUGCAUGAAAUUAUGAGACAGUUUCAUU